CCAGCGUUUCGCAUCCAAUUCAGAGUUCGUACGUAGCGCAGUUCAAUCGCCAAUCGCAACUCGCAAAUAGCAAACAGCAAAUCGCAAGUCGAAAUGUCGCGUCUAUUCAAUCUGUCCGUAAUGCUGCUCCUGGGACUCGUGUGCCUGGGAACCACCCUUGCCAAGCCGCAAGAGGGGAUGACCCGGGAGCAUGCCACCCAGCUGGCCAACGAGUGCAAGGCGGAGACGGGCGCCACCGAUGAGGAUGUGGAGCAGCUAAUGAAGCAUGUGGCUCCCGAAAGUCACGAGGCCAAGUGCCUGCGCGCCUGCGUGUUGAAGAAGUUCCAGAUCAUGGAUGAGGCCGGCAAGGUGAACAAGGAGAAUGCCGUGCAGAUGGUCAAGGCCAUGAGCAAGCAUGAUGCCGAGAAGGAGGACGCCCCCGCCGACGUGGUGGCCAAGUGCGAGGGCAUCGAGACACCCCCUGACCAUUGUGAUGCUGCCGCCGCCUUUGAAGACUGCAUCUACGAGCAAAUAAAGGAGCACGGACUCGAGCUGGAGGACCACUGAAAACAGAUCUGAGACCAAUAAUGAACCCGAUACAGAAGCACAAGCGCCCUAACUGGAAUAUAACCAUUAUUUUUGUUAUGUGUAUACUAUGACUAGAGUUUAAGUUCCCAAUAAACUGAGAAACUGCAAAAGAAAA